CCUCUCUCGAAACCUCUUGUGGAAAGUGUACGGAGGCGUGCAUAAUGUAAUGCGAGUCUAUAAGGCGUCUACCGCGCCAACAUUCUGCUUUUAACACCCUGUGAGGCGUGCGUUGUCUCAGUUCCCUGUACACCUGAUAUCUGCUUGCAACACUGACAUAGCAAGGCAACUUUCCUAGGCACCGCGUUCCUUUCCUGCGUGCACAUUGCACAACCCCUCCACCUGCGCACAAGCCGCAAAGCAUUGAGUUCGAUAGCUAUGGAGGAGCUGGGACUAGACCCGCUCGGGUCUCUCCCAUCUGACUUGGCUUCAUACCUGGACGGGUCGGGCUUUGUUGGCGCUGGAUUGGAGCAGCCAUUCUUAGGCGACCUUGAAGCCAUUGCAAACAGGCUUGAACUCCCGUCCUUUGAUGAUGCUCAGGAUGCUCAGGAGAUCAAGCUCGAGGACCUUCCUUCCACGAGCAACGCGGCGCUUAUCUCUCAAGAUGAGGAGGAUGACACCGCAGCUGGGCGGACGGGGACGACUAAGCGGAGGCGACGGACGCGGACAGAACGGCAGCAAGUUUUAAAUCGCUUAGCCCAGCAGCGUUACAGGCAACGGAAAAAGGAAAAGGUCCAGGCUCUACAAUCCACCGUGGGCUGCCUGCAGAGCCAGCUAGACCGCCUCUCCUUCCUAGAAGCCGAAAACACCGAGCUCCGCGCCACCACCCAGCAGCUAGGCGAGCAGCUGGCCUCCAAGGACGCGGCCCUGCUGCACGUGCAGCAGCAGCUCCGGCAAACGGGCUUUGCACUUCGCGCGCAGCAGGAGCGCUGCGCCGCGCACGAGCGACAGAUCGCGGAGCAGCAGCAAACAGUAGAGGCGCAGCGGCAGCAGCUCCGGUGCUCCACAUUUGCCGGGCUGGACCCUCAGGCCCUCAGCGACCGGCUGCUCUCAAUCGUCAAGGAAGCCCUGGCAGACGCCGCGGCGCAGGGUGCGUUUGCGGAUCACGGUUCCAACGGGGUGACUGCGGCUUCCUCCUCCUCAUCUGGGUCGGCGCCAUUUGGGUCAGCAUCAGCAGCCCCCUCCUCAUCAUCAUCACCGUCAGCCCAGCAGCAGCAGCAGUCUGCGGCUUCCAUGGCGGCUGCCUCUCUGCUUCUGUCAGAUGCGGUGGUGCAGCGCAUCAGCCGCACGCUAACCAGCUGCUGCAGGGAGCUGGUGUAUGCGACCAAGGGGAAGCAGGGAGCGGCGGCGGCGGCGGCGGACACGCCGUCUGCGAUUCCCGUGUCGUGCUGCUGAUGGGGCGGCGUCUGAUGGGGUGGGCGGUAUUAUUGUGGUUCGUCGCGGUUUGGGAGGGGAGAUAGGAAGAGGUGGUAUUGUGGUUUGGGCGGUGCAGAGCAAUGGGGUUGAAGGGGGGGACGAUGGUGGUGGUCCGGGUUUCGGACGGUGGGUGGGGGUGGGGUCGGCGCGGGUGUGUGAUGCGGAGUUGAAUAUGCAUAAGGGGUGGUGAAGGCGGCACGCCGAGAGGCCUAUGUACGGUUCCUUUGGCGGCGGUCGACAGUUGCUGUGGCGAUGAGUAAGUUGUUUUGUUUCGUUUUGUUGGACCCAUAAGUCUUGUAUAGGAGUUGGUUGCAGCUGCUGGUUCGGGGGUGGGAUCCACAUGGCAAGCCCGGGGGAUCUGUUCUGGUGGGUUCGUACAACGGUUGGUUAGUACCGGUAAAACGAACUAACUGGACUCUUGGAAGUGCGGAGUGAUGCGACUUGGAGUGAUUGGUGGUCCAGGGUGUUUGGCGAAGGGGGUAAUUCAUACAAUGGAAGAUGCUACGGGACAGAGAUGAUAGGAGGAAGGCGGUUACCGGGAGGGAAUGGGAUGAGGAGAAUGGGUGGCAGGGUGCAUAUAUGGGCAGGUCAUUUGGGUCGCUGAAGAGUUGUUGCUUAAAGUGGACACGCGUUAUGACAUGGAAGCUCAGUAAACGUGGCAGGCGGGUUUUUGCGUGCGGUCCGGUGUUAUGGAACGAACGGUGGUGGAUGAUGCGGAUGGUUCAUAUGACAAGUCGUGUGCUGAAGUGUUUAUUGAGUCAGGAUUUCCUUCCUUGGUAAGAGCAAUGGCUUGGAAGGCACGCGAUGCAUCCUCACUAGCCGGGGAUGCGUGCUGCCGGCUUGGUUCUUGCCUUGGGAGGCCCAGACGGCUGGAGGAGUGUUGGGUUUGGGGGACUCGAUGUGAACCGCGUGUUUCCCUUUCCCAUGGGUUUCUGUGCGUCGUGUCCCUUGUCUAAUACAGAUAGCAGUCCUGAGAUAGGUGUGUUGUCGGAUCUUGAUUACUGCAUGCCUGGUCGUAGCAACAGCGUAUAGCAUUUCGCAUCGAAGCGGCGUCACCUGCUUUGGACCACCCGCGUGUGUGUGUUUCUCUUCGCCAUGCUUUCGUGGUUUAGCGGUUUUCAGUCUAAAUCAAAGACCAGUUUCGUAUAGUUGUCGUUGUUACAUGUAGGAGGCACCCCAGGCUCUCUACGACGUCGUUCUUAGCUAUGAGCGGCGUUCAACGGUGUACAUUAGUCAUGCUAAACAGCCACUGGGGCUUGCCUGCGUGUCCGUGUGUGUGUAUGCCGUAUAUGGCCCGUAGCGGCCGCUGCUUGUUUUCAUGGUUAUGCAUUCAUUGUUGUUAGUCGUGUGUGGAGGGCAUUUGCGAACCACUCCUAAGAACCCACACUCGCCCCAAGAAGGUUAUAAAGGGGGUAUUGUAGGGGUAGUAGCCUUAGCGCGGUACCUUAACCGUAUAAACUGAGCUACGCUUUGCAACUGCACCGUACACGGCACACGUGGCGCUAAAGGCGAACGGGCGGCUUUGCCUUCGUUAGUGGUUGGGCUGUUCAUAUCAAUUUGUGUGUUGUCCGCACAUGUGGACCGGUUGGAAGGGUGUUUGGUGCGCCCUGUAUAGGGUGCAAGCAUCCAUGCAUGGUAGCUACCAGUUUAAGUGAAGGUCAGGUAGAGGAGU